UCGAGUGAGGCAGAAGUAAAUGACAAAGCAACAUUUAUUUUCACAGAAUCUGAUGUUUGAAUGUUAAUAACUCCCACAAAUUUAUUACUCCAAAAUUCAACUCUUUGAAAUAACUAAGAAUCUGGAUUUUCUCUCUGAUGUUUGGUUCCAUGGCUUCCACCUCUCUCAAGUGUCUCCUCCUCUUCCUUUCUCUCUCUACAAUUUCCGCUCUGAAUCCCAAUUCCACACAGUCCCAUCUCUCCUCACUCAACCAGCUCUGCAAAUCCGCGCCAUACCCAAAUGCCUGCUUCGAUUCCCUCAAGCUCUCUCUCUCCAUCAACAUCUCCCCCAACAUUCUCUCUCUCCUCCUGCAAUCCCUCUCCGCCGCCUUAUCCCAAGGCCCACAUCUCUCAUCCCUCCUCUCCACCGCCGGAGGCGCCAACCUCGUCGAGAAACAGAGGGGCGCCAUCCAAGACUGCAGAGAGCUGCACCGCAUCACAUUGUCUUCCCUCAACAAAUCCAUAUCCCGAUUGCCCGCCGCCGACUCCAACAAGCUAGCCGACGCUCGAGCGUUUCUCAGCGCCGCCAUGACCAACAAGAUCACCUGCUUGGAGGGCCUAGAUUCCGCCACCGGCCCCAUGAAAGCGCCGCUGCUCGACUCCAUUUCCGCCAUCUAUAUGCAAGUUUCGAACGCGCUCUCGAUGCUGUCCAAGCCCGGCGUGCGGCGCGGCGGCAACAACAGGAGGCGCCUGCUCGGCUUCCCGCGGUGGCUUUCGAGGAAGGCGCGCCGGGUUCUUCAGAGCUCCGGCGACGAGUAUGAUCCGAGUCAAGUGCUGACGGUGGCGGCGGACGGAACCGGGAAUUUCACUACACUUAGCGACGCGAUCAACUUCGCCCCAAAUAAUAGUAUCGACAGAGUCAUCAUAUAUGUUAAAGAGGGAGUUUAUGAAGAAAACGUCGAGAUCCCGAGCUGGAAGCCCAACAUCGUCUUACUCGGCGAUGGCAGCGACGUCACUUUCAUCACCGGCAACAGAAGCGUCGUCGAUGGAUGGACUACUUUCAGAUCCGCCACCGUCGCUGUAUCGGGCGAGGGAUUUCUAGCACGCGACAUAACGUUCGAGAACACGGCGGGGCCGGAGAAGCACCAGGCGGUGGCACUGCGCGUGAGCGCGGACUUAGCGGCGGUGUACAGAUGCGUGAUGACGGGGUUCCAGGACACGCUGUACGUGCACUCAUUCCGGCAGUUCUACCGCGAGUGCGACGUGUACGGGACAAUCGACUACGUGUUCGGGAACGCGGCGGCGGUGCUCCAGGGCUGCAACAUCGUGUCGAGGAUGCCGAUGCCGGGGCAGUUCACGGUGAUCACGGCCCAGUCGCGCGGCAGCCCCGACGAGGACACGGGCAUUUCGAUGCAGAAUUGCUCCAUCCUGGCGACGGAGGAUCUGUAUUCGAACGCGACGGCGGUGAAGAGCUACCUGGGGCGGCCGUGGAGGAACUAUUCGAGGGCGGUGCUCCUGGAGUCGUAUAUCGAUGACUUUAUUGCUCCGGUGGGGUGGACUAACUGGGAUGGGGAGCAGGGCCUUGAUACCUUGUAUUAUGGGGAGUAUCAGAACUACGGGCCGGGCUCCACCACGGAUGCCCGCGUUGAUUGGCCGGGCUUUCAUCUCAUGGACUACGAGGAUGCCUCCGCCUUUACGGUUUCAUCGUUUAUCACGGCCCAGGAGUGGCUCGAUUCCACCUCUUUUCCUUACGAUGAUCAGCUCUGAUUCAUUCCGUAUAUUUAAUCUUCACUUUUUCUUGAUUUUAUUUUCUUAUUCUACCCCUUCAUUCACUUUUGAAUCAAAUUUAAAUUAUAAAAAUUAUCAAAGGUAUUCGAAUAUUUUGAUUAAUAAAUUAAAUAUUAACUAUAUUUUGUUAA